AUGAACAUCCUACACAAAGCGCAAGCCGGUCUUGAAAGCCUGGAGGAGGGAAUAAAGAAUGCCUUGGGCAAAGGCGAAGAAAAGCACUCGCACACCCACCUUGGGACGCACUGCGAUCAUCUGCACACGGGCACGGAAAACCGGUUCCAUAGUUUCGCGCCCCAGCGGGCCGAGAACGAGGCCAAGUGGUUCGUGGACGGCUGCGGCUACAUGUGGGCCGUGUCGGUGGCGCUCGAGGAGGCAAAAGAGAGCAUCUGGAUCCUCGAUUGGUGGUUGAGUCCCGAGCUGUACCUGCGCCGGCCGCCGUCGGUAAACCACCAGUACCGCUUGGAUCGGAUGCUGUUUGCGGCGGCGGACCGGGGCGUCAAGGUCAAUAUCAUUGUGUACAAGGAGGUGGCGAGUGUUCUGACAUUGUCCUCGGAGCAUACCAAGAAGGCAUUGGAGGUCCCGGAACAUCCAAACAUCAAGGUAUUCCGGCAUCCAGAGCAUGUUGUAGACGGAGAUAUCCUUGAAUCAGCCGUACUUUCGGAUCUUAAAAAAUUAUCUCUCAAGGAUUUUGACCUAAGUCAGCUCCCAGAAGACGCCUUGAAGAAGCUGUAUGGGUUAGACAACGACGCUAUUCUAUACUGGGCUCAUCACGAGAAACUAUGUCUUAUAGAUGGGAAGAUUGCGUUCAUGGGCGGCUUGGACCUAUGUUUCGGACGUUGGGACACGAACCAACACCCCAUUGCCGAUGCUCAUCCCAUGGAUAUCCACGCGGUCCUUUUCCCUGGACAGGAUUACAACAAUGCUCGCGUCUAUGACUUUGAGGAUGUCAAGGAUUAUAACCAGAACAAGCUGGAUCGAACAGUUAGCUCCCGAAUGGGCUGGUCGGAUUUGUCGCUAUGCAUCCGCGGCCCGAUGGUCGAGGAUCUCUGCGCCCACUUUGUUCAGAGGUGGAACUUCAUUUACAAUGAGAAAUAUGCCGCUGAUGAGAAAUAUCAAGCUCUCUCCUUGACGGAAGCACAGGUUCCAGAUGGAUACUAUACGCUCGAUGGGAAGAAUGUCAAUACUGCUAAGGGGGGUUCGGAUCCUUCACGGCAUAGCUUGCUUCACAUGCCGCUGAGAGGUAAUACGAAGGGCAAAGUCCACACAGACCCUACUCCAAGUGCAGACAAGAACUCAUCUGGAAUAUCCGUUCAGCUUGUCAGGAGCUGUACCGAAUGGAGUAACGGCGUCCCUACAGAACACUCGGUUGCCAAUGCAUACAUCCAAGUGAUUCACGACAGUCAGCACUUUGUCUACAUCGAGAAUCAGUUCUUCAUCACCGCUACCUCCGAUGAGCAACAUCCAGUCAAGAACAAGGUCGGAGCUGCCAUCGUAGAGCGUAUUUUCCGGGCCCACAAUGCCGGCGAAACGUACAAGGUCAUCGUCUGCAUUCCCUCCGUUCCUGGCUUUGCCGGUGACCUGCAUGCUGAGGAGUCUCUUGGAACCCGAGCCAUCAUGGAAUACCAGUAUAAUUCCAUCUGCAGAGGGGAUCAUAGCAUCAUCGGGGCCUUGAAGAAAGCCGGGGUUGCCGAGCCAGAGAAAUACAUCCGCUUCUAUAACCUGAGGAACUACGACCGCAUCAAAGCCGACGAGACCAUGUCCAAGGUUGAGAAGGCCAGCGGAGUCACCUACGGGGACGCCGCAAAGGAGCAUGAUGAUAUCGUAGGAGCGGGCUACGCCGGCGAGGGCUUUGGCACUGGAGCCGUGAGCGGCCAGCCAAACGCCAACUUGGACGGAUAUCAAGAGGCCGCGUCCCAGAUCCUCAGCCGCGAUGGGACCAAGUAUGACAGCGUCAGCGCGUGCUACAUGGAGGGCGGCCCGUCCCUCGAAGACAUCCCCUGGUUCGGGACGGAGGAGGAUGAGAUCAACGCCUUUGUCAGCGAGGAGCUGUACAUCCACACUAAGCUCCUGAUCGCCGACGACCGCGUCGUAAUCCUCGGCAGCGCCAACAUGAACGACCGCUCGCAGCUCGGCACCCACGAUUCGGAAAUCGCUGUCGUAGUCGAAGACCACACGACCGUCCCCUCGAAAAUGAACGGUCACGACUACCAAGCCGCCAAGUUCGCGGCCAGCCUCCGUCGUCAGCUGUUCCGCAAACACCUGGGUCUCCUGCCGCCGCAGGACUGGACGAAACCGACCCCGAAUUUCCUACCCAUUGACAAGGGACCCAACCAGUAUGACUGGGGCUCUUCCUCAGAUGACCUAGUGCAGGACCCUCUCUCCCCGGCCUUCAACAGUCUCUGGAAUGGCACUGCUAAGAUGAACACCGAGGUCUUCGCGAAAGCUUUCCACUGCGUCCCUGACGACCGCGUCCGCAAUUGGGACCAGUACGAAGAGUUCUUCUCCAGCCGCUUCGUCACCCCGGACAAGGAGGGGAAGUACACGAACCCGCCACCCGAGGGGAAGUACCAGUACGGCCAUGUGGUGGCGGCGGAGUUCCCUGGGGGCGCGGCGGAGUUGAAGGCCUGGUUGGGUAAAGUGCGGGGCACGCUGGUGGAGAUGCCGUUGCACUUUAUGGAGGAUGUGGACUUUGCUAGCGGGAUUGCCUUGAAUGCGUUGACGGAGCCGAUUUAUACUUGA